AUGGAACUUAAAUCGGAGUGGCGGAACCUGAGUGAAUCAGAGUGGCCUGGUGAUGGACAGACUUCUGCCCCCCAAUAUGAAAUGAAACCCUUCAUUAAAAAGGAGGAGCCGGAAUUUCAUUUUAAACAGGAGCAGCAGGAGUACUUUAAUCAUGAGUGUUUGGUGCUCAAAACAGAACCAGAUCCUGUAGAGAUGCGUUCUGAGAUCUUGGUAUUAAGUGAUGUAGAAAAUCCAAGCAAUGUGAGGAACUUUUGUCGUACACUAAAAUACCAAGUGAGAUUUGAAAGUAAGUCAGAUAGCAAAGGUGAAUUUGUUGAGAGAAAGCAAAAUGGAAGAGUUUUGAAAACGGUGAAGAACAAGCAAAGUAAAGUUCUGGAUAAGAAACAUGUUUGUGAGCUCUGUGGAACGGCUUAUGUUCAUAAAAGUUACCUCCGAGUGCACAUGCGAAUACACACAGGAGAAAAGCCAUACCAGUGUAAAAUCUGCGGCAAAGCAUUCAUGAGAUCUGAUUGGCUUGGUAUACAUAUAAGAGCUCAUAAUGGACAGAAACAGCAUAAGAAAAAACGAUUCACCUGUGACCAGUGUGGGUUGAAGUUCCCCAGUCCGGGUGUUUUUGAAAGUCACCUGCGAAGGCACACGGGAGAAAGACCGUACCCCUGUUCCCUGUGCGGUCUCAGGUUUGUUGAGGUUCGUGCAGUCAAACUCCAUCAGAGAUGUCACAUGGAAUUUAGGCCGUACUCCUGCACGGACUGUGGAAAAAGCUUCAGCCGAGCUGACACCCUUCGAAAACACCAGCGAAUCCAUUCAGGAGAGAAACCUUUCCAGUGCUCCCAGUGUGGAAAAAAAUUCCCUUAUAAAUAUAGUUGGAGUGUGCACUUGAAAACCCAUUCAAAGCCAUGUUGA